GUGCUUGGCUACUACAACCGGCGUGGAAUCAACCCAGAGGCAUUCCUGAAUGAGAUCAAGUAUAUCGCUAGUGACCCCGAUGACAAGCACUUCUUCAAGGUGACUGAUGAGUCUGCCUUGAAGGACAUUGUGGACGCGCUUGGGGAUAGGAUCUUCAGUUUGGAAGGGACCAGUAAGAACGGGACAGCCUUUGGCCUCCAGAUGUCUCAGGCUGGCUUCUCUUCACACUUCGUGGAGGAUGGGAUCCUGGUGGGGGCACCGGGGGCCUACGACUGGAAUGGAGCCGUCCUGAAGGAGACCCGACAGGGGAAGGUGGUUCCACCCAAGUCCUCCUACUCACAGGAAUUCCCAGAGGAGCUGAAGAACCACGGGGCCUACCUAGGUUACACAGUAACAUCGGUGGUGUCGGCCAGGAACGGUCGGCUGUACGUGGCAGGGGCACCGCGGUUCAACCAUACUGGCAAGGUCAUCAUCUUCACCCUGAAGAACACUGGUAACCUCACCAUCCUGCACUCCCUCAAAGGACAACAGAUCGGGUCGUACUAUGGGAGUGAGAUCUCCCCGGUGGAUAUAGAUGGUGACGGAGUAACAGACAACCUACUGGUGGCAGCUCCCAUGUUCUUCAGUGGAGGCUGGGAGAAGGGCAAGGUGUACAUCUACAGAGUGACUGAGCUGAAUCGUUUCGUCCUGGAGGGAGCGUUGGAGAUCCAGGACCAUGGUCAGAACGCUCGGUUCGGCUCCUCGCUGGCCCCGGUCCCUGACCUGAACGGGGACGGCUUCAACGACGUGGUGGUGGGGGCUCCGCUGGAGGAUGACCACAGAGGAGCUAUCUACGUCUUCUUCAGCCAACGCAACAGGAUUCUGCGGAAAUACAAACAGAGGAUAGCUGCGUUAGACAUCGCUAGUGGCCUGCGCUACUUUGGCCGUAGUAUCCAUGGCAGUAUGGACAUGAAUGAGGAUGGCCUGGUGGACUUGGCCGUGGGGUCCCUGGGGGCGGCCGUGCUUCUAUGGUCUCGCAGUGUCGUCCGAAUUCACGCCAACAUCAGGUUUGAACCCAGCAAGAUCAACAUCUUUGUGAAGGACUGUGAGAGGGGAGGCAAGGACGUGACCUGCAUGUCAGCCAUAGUGUGUCUAAACGUCACCGCCCGGACAGCCAUACCUCCUACACAGGAAGUGGCUAUCACUUACAACACCACCAUUGGGGAGCGCCGAUUCAACCCCAGAGCCAUAAUGGACGACCCUGAUAAACUGCUGUUUCAAAACCUGACCCUGCUUUCUGGAGAGGAGACCUGUCAACACAUCUACUUCCAUGUCAUGGUGAGCACUGACUGA